UAGUCUGAGUCAAGAUUCGAGAUAACACUGCGAUAAUCCAAAAUAAGAUUCGUAAACGAGUAAACUUAGGAGAACAGCUUAAGAGCUGGGCCAGACUGACUAGCCACCAAAAAAUUGACGAUUAAGAACGUUUAAGGAUUUGUCGUCCGUUUUUAAAUUGCGGCCAGAGAAUCGACGGGCCAAAUCGUGAGUAUAUAGGCAUUCCAUGCACAGCAGUGUUCAGCACAAUAAGUUACUUAUAAUAGCUAAAAUUGAGCAACAUGCCUGACGGUGACGAUUUAAAAUGCUUGAUCACAGAAGAGAAACUUGAAACUCCUUCAACAUUUUCAUUCCCAUUUACUCCGUAUGGCAUUCAGCAUGAUUUCAUGACCGAAAUUUAUUCAGCUAUAGAGGGCCGGAAACUAGGAAUUUUUGAAAGUCCAACCGGAACUGGUAAAACAUUAAGUAUUAUAUGUGGGGCUGUACGUUGGUUACUUGAUCAUGAGAAUAGAGAGUGGAAUCAACUCAAGCAGGCACUUGAGUCACUUAAUAUGAAAAAUGAGGAAACUAAUAAUGAUGAUGAUGAUGAUUGGAUCGCUGGACAAGCUAAAUUAGUGGAGCAACAACGUAAAGUAUAUGAAAUAAAUAAAAUGCUUAAAUCAUUGGAAGAAUUCAAUAAUAAUAUUGAAAAAAUAAAAAAGGAACAAGAGUUUAAAAAGAAAAAAGCCAAGUCAUUGGUAAUUAAAACUUUAAAUCCAAAAAAAAAUGAUAAUGAAAUAGAAAAUGAUAAAAAAGAUUUUUUUGAUGAAGAAAGUGAAUUUGUGCUCGAAGAGUAUGAUCAAUUGUCAUCUGUAGAUGAUUUUGAAGAAAUAUCUGAUGAUAAAGUCCAGUACGAAGGAGUAAAAAUUUAUUUUUGUAGUCGUACGCAUUCUCAAUUGUCACAGUUUGUGGCUGAACUGAAGAAAAGUCCAUAUUCAACAUCUCGUAUUGUACCAUUAGCGUCUCGUCAAAAUUACUGUAUAAAUAAAACAGUGAAAAAAUUGAAAAACAUUACAUUAAUGAAUGAAAGAUGUUUGGAAAUGGGAAAACCUUCUCAAAAACCUACAAAAGUGUCUUCAGUUGGUUCAGUAGUUAAGAAAAAAAAAUCUGAAACUUUAUGCAAAUGUCCGUACAAUGAUAAAGAUAAAAUUCAAUCUUUAGCCGAGGAAGUUACUACAGAAUUAAGAGACAUGGAAGAAUUAGUUAAUAGAGGAGACCAAAUAUCUGCUUGUCCAUAUUAUGCUAGUAGAGAAUCUGUAAAAUAUGCCCAGAUUGUAACUUUGCCAUAUAAUACAUUAUUACAUAAAAGUACUAGAGAAGCAAGUGGCAUUCGUCUUGAGGGUAAUAUAUUCAUCAUUGAUGAAGCUCAUAAUUUACUAGAUACUAUUGGUCAUAUACACAGUUCACAAAUAAAUGGUCAACAGUUGACCCAUAGUUAUAGCCAGCUGAUACAGUACAAGAACAAAUUUGAGUUAAGGUUUAGCGCUAGUAAUUUGCUGCAUUUGAAUCAAUUAAUUUAUGUUAUUGGAAAGCUCAUUAACAUGCUUGGCGGUACUCCCGGUGUUAGUCAUGCAGAAGCAAGUCGAAAAGGAGUUGACUCAAAAGUAUACACCCUUGAAAAUUUUGUACAUCAAGCUGAAAUUGAUCAUCUAAAUAUGUUUAUGCUUGUUGAUUUUUUUAAAAGAAGCAAGAUUGGUCAAAAAAUUAGAGGCUAUUCUGAAAAAUAUAUGCCUUCUGUAUCAUUGCAACCAUCUAAGCCUAAACUAAGCAAUUUGCAGGCUUUCCUUAAACAAAUUGAAACUAAAAAAAAUAACAAAGGCAAAGAACUCAAAGAAGAUGAAAACAAACACCCUGAGCCACAAGUUACAGAUUUAAUUAGUAACAACCCUCUUACACCAGUAAUGGCAUUUAUAGAGUCACUAACAAAUUACUGCGAGGAUGGUCGGAUUAUUUGUACUACGCAGGCACUUGUCAGCAAGGGAGUAUUAAAGUUUUUGCUUCUGAAUCCUGCAGUUCAUUUUAAAGAAAUUGUUGAUAAAGCUAGGUCAGUGAUUGUAUCGGGUGGAACAAUGGAACCUAUAUCUGAAUUCAAGGAUCAGCUUUUCAAUUUCGAUGGAAAUAAUGCUGAUAGAAUUGUGCAUUUUAGCUGUGGCCAUGUUGUACCACCUGAUAAUAUCUUACCAUUGAUUGUAUGUACUGGACCAACUGGAAAACAAUUAGAUUUUUCUUACCAAGAGAGAACUUCAAUUAAAAUGCUUAACGAAAUUGGUUCAUUACUAGAAAACAUUUGUCGAACAGUUCCUGCUGGAAUUGUGUGUUUUUUCCCAUCUUAUGACUAUGAACAGUUUGUUUAUCAGCAUUUAGAGAAAAACAAGGUUAUUAAUAGGCUUUCUGAAAGAAAAAAAUUAUUUAGAGAACCAAAGUUAACUAAUCAAGUUGAUGAAGUUUUGAAGAAUUACUCUCAUGCUAUUACAACAACGUCGGCUUUAAAUUCCAAAGUAACGGGUGCAUUGUUAUUUAGCGUUAUUGGUGGCAAGUUAAGCGAAGGUUUGAAUUUUAGUGAUGAUUUGGGACGUUGUGUUAUUGUCAUCGGUCUACCAUAUCCAAAUAUUAAGUCACUUGAAUUACAGCAGAAAAUGAACUAUCUUAAUAGCCACAUGGGUCCGGGCACUGGGCAACAGCAUUAUGAAAAUUUAUGUAUGAAAUCUGUUAAUCAAUCAAUUGGUCGUUCUGUACGUCAUCAACAAGAUUAUGCUGCAGUAUUGCUAUUAGAUCAUCGUUACCAACGAGAUAAUGUUCGCAAUGCUCUUCCUAAAUGGUUGCAACCUUCUUUACAAGAACAUUCCAAGUUUGGAUCUGCAUUUGCUCAGUUAAAUAAGUUUUUUACGGGAAAAAAGAAAUUACAACAAUGAUUAUUUUAUAUAACGAAUACAUUUCAAGGUUUUUCAAAAAGGAGAAGAUUCAAGAUUUGAUUAAUAUUUAAUUAAGAUUGCCCUCACCUACCUAUUGUUUACUCUUCAUAGUUUUUAAAAAUUAACCGUUUAAUUGUUAUGAUUAAUGUUAUGAACUAUGUGUAAUAUUUUUGUGAAAUAUGAGUGUGCAUUUUUAAAUUGAAUUAAUCGUGUAAGAAUGUCACUUGAAUAGUUUUCAACUUCAACAUUUGUGAAAAAUUAAAAAUGUAUAAAAAUUAAAAAAUGUAUUUCUCUGAAAUUUUAUUCAACCAGUUACUAAGUUUUAUGUUAAAUUUACAAAAAUUGGUUUAAAUGUUUGAUUGUUUGUAUUACCUACU